ACGCGUUUCCCUCAGCGUUAAAACGGAGACAAAAGUCGGAAAUAUUCGUUGGUGAAAACGAUGCAGGUGAAAUUUGAAAGCGUGUUACUUAACAUCUGAAGGGUUUUGUUUUUUUGUGCAACAUUUUGCAGAUAGUUCAGAAACUGCGUGAUUUAAGAAGAAACACUUUUUUUUGUGUUAACUCUUCAGCUCGUAUUUGCACACAGUGGAAGGAGACUUGUUGCUUCUUCUCUGCAGCUCCCUGCAGCUGCUGAUCAGCCAUUGUGGACGUCGGAAAAGGGCAAGGUCUAGUGUAUGUGCCCGCUGGCUACAGUGUGUUAGCUGCAUGCAUGAAAGGAUCUGCUGUAUGAACACUUGAGUGAGCCAUGAGGCUGCUGGCCCAGGACAAACCGGACUGCCUGCAACCGGGAAUGGAUUAGUAUCAUCUUGGUUUAUGUUUUUCCGAGGGUUUGUAAAUGCGUCUUUAUUUGCGUAACAUAGUUUGUGGCGAUUUUUCUGAUGCGCGAGAUCCAAAAAUGAGCAGAUAGAUCACUUGUUGCGGAGGUUUGUGAUUAAAUGUAAGAGGAGCAGAAGAGGAAAAACACCGACAGCACUUUGUUCUAUAUUCUGGAGGAGAAGGAGGUCAUUUUCUGCCACUGUAUCUUCCAUGAAGAUGGCAUCCAAACAACCCCGGACUCAGACCAUCAUCACAUUAUCGUCCUUAUUGUCCCUGAUCGUCCUGUGCAGCUCAGCUACAGAUGUCCCAGAGGAAGAAGGCUUCAGUGCUGAGGCAUGGCUCCGUAAGUUUGGCUACCUGUCUCAGGCGAGCAGCCAGAUGUCCACCAUGCAGUCUGCUCAGAUUCUGUCCAAAGCCAUCGGCGACAUGCAGCGCUUCUACGGCCUCGAGGUGACAGGAGAGAUGGACCCUGCCACCGUUAUGGCCAUGCAUCGGCCUCGCUGUGGCCUCCCAGACAGAAAAGCGGAUGAGUUAGAAGACAGCACGAGGAAGAAACGCUACGCUCUCACUGGACAGCAGUGGGGCAAAGACCACAUCACAUUCAGUAUAAUGGACCAGCACAUCCCCUCCUCGCUGGGCAAAGAGCGUACGUAUGAUGCCAUCCGCAACGCCUUUGAGGCGUGGAGACGGGUCACGCCGCUCACCUUUGAGGAGUUACCUGCAGAAAACAACCUCAGCACCAACAGCAGCCAGGCAGAGCUGGCUGACAUCCUGCUGUUGUUUGCGUCUGGUUUCCAUGGUGAUAUGUCAUUGUUUGAUGGUGAGGGAGGGUCGCUGGCACACGCCUACUACCCCGGACCAGGGAUAGGUGGGGAUACACACUUUGAUGCUGAUGAACCGUGGACACUGGACAACCAAAACCCCGGAGGUAUAGAUCUCUUCCUGGUUGCGGUCCAUGAGCUCGGUCAUGCUUUGGGUCUGGAGCACUCGGAUAACCCCAGUGCCAUAAUGGCUCCUUUCUACCAGUGGAUUCACACGCACAACUUCACGCUACAUGAGGAUGACAUCAGAGGAAUACAGUACAUAUAUGGUCCCCCUCUCCCCACAAAAGCUCCACCCACUUCUCCUCCCGCCUCUGACAACCAACCCAAUGAUGACUCCCGCACCUCCCCUUCUCCACCCGAAGAUGAACCCACCACCACUUCUCCCACCGACCCCCUACCCGAAUCACCCAACCCGACCGACAGCAGCCCACAACCUCCAGCCCGGCCGGAGCCGAGCACCAGCCCCACACCCCCUCCUGUCCUGCCCAUCUCCACCACGCCCGGCUCCCAGCCUGAGCCGGAACCUGUCACCCCACACGUCAGAAAAGAUGUCCCUCCUCCUCCACCACCUCCUCGGCCCCCUGCUCCUCCCCGACCUCCAAAGGUGCCAGACAACCAGAUCCCAAAUAUCUGUGAUGGGGACUUUGACACGGUGACAAUGCUGAGGGGGGAGAUGUUUGUUUUCAAGGGCCGCUGGUUCUGGCGUGUGCGGAGGAACCGGGUCCUGGAUAACUACCCCAUGCCAAUAUCUGUCUUCUGGAUCGGCCUGCCCAGCGACAUUGAUGCAGCUUACGAGCGCCACGAUGGCAAAUUUGUCUUCUUUAAAGAUGAUAGAUAUUGGGUGUUCAGGGAGGCUGAUGUGCUGCCAGGAUAUCCGCAGCCUUUACACGAGUAUGGACGAGGAGUUCCUGCACACAAGAUUGACACAGCAAUCUGGUGGGAGCCCAGUGGAUACACAUACUUCUUCAGUGGAGACAGAUACUGGAGAUACAAUGAGGAGACCCGGACUGCAGACCGCGACUACCCCAAGCCGAUCAGCAGAUGGGGCAGGAUCCCUCCUUCACCCAAAGGAGCCUUCCUCAGUGAUGACGGAGCUUACACCUAUUUCUACAAAGGCACCAACUACUGGAGGUUUGACAACCACAAGACAGAAGCAGAUAAAGGCUACCCUCGCUCCAUCCUGAGGGAUUUCAUGGGCUGCAUGGGCGCCCCUCACCCUAAACCCGACACAGACACUGAGCAGGAACCAAAAAACAAACCAAACAACCCUUCAGACCGAGGCAGAGAUGAGCACAAAGAGCCGGACAGGGGCCAAGACAAAGACACCAGCCCAGAGGAAGACCAAACCUCUAAGCCUGACAGCGCAGAGGACGAGGACAAAGAGGUGAACGUGGUGGUGACGGUGGCUGACAACGAUUCAAAGGUCAUGACCCUGGUCAUGGUGAUUGUUCCUUUGGUCCUCAUCCUGUGCAUCCUAAUCCUAAUCUACGCUAUCCUCAGGACUCUGCAGAACAAAGAGACACCGAGGGCUUUGGUGCACUGCAAACGUUCGUUGCAGGACUGGGUGUGAGGCACAGACUUAGAGGAGAUAGAGCAGGUAUUCAUCAUUUGUCUGGACAGUAUUUGGCGUCAAAAUUUGUACUUAUGGAGCUGUGGAAAGAAGCUUUUACGCAGUGCGUAAGUCUAAGAAAGCCGAGGAUGAGUCAAAAUUUUGGGCCCUGUUCAUUGUGAGAACUUUUAUUGCUCAUGUGAAAUAAUGCAAAAGUGGUAAAGUCUGUGCCUGUGGAGCUACAAUGUACUUUUUCCUCAACUGGCCUAUAAGUUUUUCUCCUUUGCCUCCCUUUGUGCCUUCAAAAUGUCUGAAAAAUACCUCUAUUUUUUUAGAAAAUCCCAUUACAGCAUAAAAAGAUGUGUCAGCCACCAACUGUGUACUAUAGAAAUCACUUGACACGCUAAGAAUGUCCAUUUCUAUCAAUUCUAAUUGUACAGAGGAGGGACUGAUGAUUUAUUUGUAGUAUAAAUGCAAAGUCGAUAAUGCACAUACAUUAUACAUUAGCACACACACUGUACAUAAACACAAACAUGAGUGCUUGGAGCUUUGAAAACAACUUAUACAAAAACAUUCAUUAUUACGAAUAAGUCUUCCAUAUGCUUGACUACGGUGCCUCGACCAGUCUCAACGUUUCCUUUGUUUAGAAUUUGCACUUUUGAUUCUGUUUGUUGUCGUCUUUGUUUUGCUGAGGUUGCUAAACUUCAGAUAUGUGUGUGUUCAUGUUUAUUAAACACACACACUAGCAGAAGGAGCUCGUCCUCCAACCAGCACAGGAAUGUCAGACAGCUGUGUGCGUCCAUCUCCCACUGAGCCCAUUAUGUCUGCCCUGCCUCUCAGACACACACACACACACACACACACACACACACACACACACACACACACACACACACACACACACACACACACACACACACACACACAUACACACAUGCACCAACAUCACAUGAUCUCCCAAAAACCCCUUACUGCACUCAAUGUGUGCAUGCAUGUCCACACAUACACACACACCAAUACAUAAAGACCACAUAGCGAAACAAAGGCACAUAGAGUUUUUGCACAGACACAAGGGCUCCAGCCUCCCCUCCUCCCACCACAGCAACCAUAACAGUUCAGACUACACCACUAAAAACACACUCCCAGCGGACACAUAUUGAUAUACGACUGGUGCCAGGGCUUGGAUGAAAUGCAAGAAAGGGGGGAUUUAUUCACACUUCACGAGAAGAAAGUGUUGCCGUAUUUCUACAAACUCUGUCCCUCUGAGAUCAACCUGUGAAGAGUAAAACCAUAGCAGUGGUAUCCGUUUUUUCUCUAUCUCCUCUUCUUUUUUUGUGCUAAAGCUAAAUAGAGUUGAAGCUAAUUAACUGCACAAGGGAGAAGCCUGCAGGCUAGAGAGGAAUGGGCCGGGUCUGGUUUCCAUUAAGCCCACAUGCUGCUGAUUUAGUGGUGUCAGGCAUGAGGAGGGGGGAAGAGGGGAGUUGGGGAAAAUGUAAAAAGAAGGAGGUAUAAAAAAUAGUGGUGGGGAGUAAGAGGGAAAUGAGAGAGAAUGAGAUGACGAGGAAACAAAUGAAACUGGGGGAGGCACAGAUUGAGGAGGGGAGAGGGAGAGCUCUGCCAGUAUUUCCUUUCCAGUUUUCUCUGGGAAAGGAGGAGCGAGGGAAAGAGGGAGGAAGGAUCUUGGGGAGGGGCAGCGCUGGCGUUGCGCCUCCUGACCUAGAUUGGGACAUUAAAGUCCACUCCUCCUUUUCAAGU